GGAGAGGGCGCAGUUCCGCGCCAUCCUCCGUAUCGUUGACACGUCCUACGAAAAGAGUGUAGAGUCAGUCGGUACGUUCGCUUCUCUCGUGACUCAUCUUGUGCGUUGAUCCUUGAUUUCUCGUGACACCGAGCGAUCUCGUCGUUCGGUUUCCACGACCCUGUCGUUUCGUGGUCGACGGAGCACGUAAGCAUCUUCUUUAUUUCAAAUAACGCGCGUGCAUCGGACAGUGCGCGUGCCGUGCGACCGUUGGGUCGCUGACUUUCAAAACAGUCUCGAUCGCGCUCUCGACCUAUCGACGACGUCGUUGUGCCGGAGGAGCGCGUAUAUCGACCCGUGAUCCUCUUCAAUCGUUCUUGCGUUCGUUUAUUCUCACUGUGUCGUCAGUACGAAAUUACCGUCUCGUAUAGUGGAUUGGUGAAUUUCGGGUGUGACAUUCUUUGUUCGGUUCAGUGAACAUUUCACGGGGAACUAUGUCGUCAACUGGCAACUAUCUGUUCACCGCGGUGAUUAUCCUGAUCGUCUCUGCGACCGGAAUCAUCGCCACUGUAACCAUGGAUGCCAAGAUUCGCGACGACUCCGACUUGUCCCAGUUUUAUCAGUUAUUGGAAGCAAGUCAGGUAGCUAACACCACGCUCACGUAUCGUCACGUGACGGUUUUCGCGCCAACAAAUCGAGCUUUCCAAAAGUACAGCGGAACUACGAAAAACUUGGUUCUCUACCAUAUGUCGAACUCUCCAAAAACGAUUGAGAACCUAGGGGAUUCAAUCUCGUCGGAGUUGGAAGGUAAUCCGCCCUUGUGGGUCACCAAGAAAACUGGCACGCAUGGUCAGGAAGUCUACAUAAAUAAUGCGAAGAUCCUUAUGGAACGUAGCAAUUUCCAAUCGAAGGUUACCGUUGCUGGCGACGUAAUGACUCAGGUUUUACACAUAAUAAACGAAGUAUUGGAGCCAGUACGCUCGAAUUCCGCGGAAAUGCCAAUCUAUAGCCCGAACGCCUUCGAAUUUCUAAAUCAAAGUGAAAAUCUCGACUUGGGUGUUCAUCGUGUUCGCAUCUUCCGAAAGCGGAUCUUGACGGAGAAGAAGGAGGAAGUCUUCAAGGCGGACGGACGUUACACCUUUCUUAUCCCCGUUGAGGAGGGUUUCCGGCCGACGCCCAGGCCGGAGAAGGUUGACCGCGUGGUAAUUGAUGGUCACGUGAUACCCAACAACGUCCUCUUCACAACACCGACACCUCACAAUGUACCUUAUGAAACCCUUGCGUUCACUGACAACGUCAAGGUCACCGUUAGCUUCCUCAAGGAACACGAUAAAGUUUACGUGCAAUCGAAUACCAUAGUUGGCGACGUGAGACAUCCAACAGGAGUCGUGUUAGCAGAAAUAAUUAAACCGAACAUUCCAGUGCGCAACGGUGUAGUCCACUUGAUUCAACGACCUCUUAUGGUCGUCGAUACCACGGUGAAGGACUUCCUCGAGUCCUUCAAGGGCAUCGAAAAGAAGGAUGGACCAGUGUAUAAGUUUUACGAGACCAUCCGAGAUUUCGGCGGCGAGAUCAUGAGCACCAUCAGUCAUCUUCGUGAUGUCACCCUGUUCGCGCCUAGCAAUGCUGCUCUUGAGGAACCUGGUGUACAGAAGAUUCUGCAGAACAAGGAACGUGUGAAAGAGAUCCUGAAUCUUCACUAUGUGAAGGAACGGCUGCCACUCGAUAAAAUCAAGAACAAAAGCGUUAGCCAGAAAUCCUCGAUCGGGAAGCCACACUUUGCGGUUGCCACAGCAGCAGACAGGAAGAAGCUGUACUUCAAUGUGGCUCAGGAACCAAGCGGAAACCAGAUAGUGACCGUCGAAGGUGGUGGCGUGAACGCAACAGUGGUCACUGCAAAUAUCGCUGCUACCAAUGGACUGAUUCACAUCAUCGACAGAGUUCUUGGUGUGCCCUAUACCAAUGUGCUGGAAAAACUUAGAACCGACCCUAUGCUCAAUUCCACCUACUUCCUUGGACAACGCAUCGGAUUCAACAGUCAGCUGAACGAAACGAGGACGCGUUUUACAUACUUUGCCCCACGCGAUUAUGCCUGGAGUGUGUCUGCUAUCAGUUACCCAUCUACUACGAAAAAGAUCUUCAUGCCUGAAUACAGCUAUCAUGCGAGACAAAUCUUAGAACGACACCUCGUGAUAGCAGAUGAGGCGUACACGAUGGCGAAGCUAAGAGAGAUGAAACACAACGAAACCUUCGUUCUUCCUGCAGCCAGAGACAGUCUGAAGCUUCGUGUCCGUGAAGCUGGCGAAAAUGACACGUACGACGAAAACAUGAUCCGACCAAAAACUUUCGGUUACCAGAUCGAGUGGGAGGGUACAUGGAUUCGAGUGUUUCGUCCGGACGUCGAGUGCACCAACGGUAUCAUCCACGUAAUCGACGCAGUCUUACUGAAGGACAGCGACAUCAGGGUGACCGGAACCGCGUCGAUCAGUAGCCUCGCAUCACACUUGAUCAUGAUCCUGGUAGCCAAGUGGCUGCUUUAAGGACGAAUCUCCUCUAAGUUUGUCAUAGGUGCACCUAGGAAUUUAUUUCGGGACCGUCUCCGAUCGUCCUCGUCCAAGAAAACGCAAUGCACGAGAUCCGGAUUCGAACUUCGAACUUGAACUCUGAACUCUUUGAAGGAAGUUGUUUUGAACGCGUGUUCGUUAGAGUCGAUGAUAUCGGUCCUCGAACGACUCUGUUCUCGGAUAUUCAUAGAGAUGGUCUGCGAUCUCUCAAGUGUCGCUGCGUAAACUGUGUUCGAGGGGUUUUGGCUUUCGCCUCGCUUUUAAUGGAAAAAGAAUAAAGGCCCCCUUAUAUGUGUUCCCCGUGAAGAAACCGAGGCACGAUCGAUGGAUCGGGGACGAUCCUGAAUGCGAAGCGACUCCAGGUCGAGACUCUUGACCUGAUCUACAAGAGAAGAUGCCAUGGUUUCUGUCUCGAUCAGACAAGAACCUAAUCGAUCGAUAAGCAACGUGGGCGAAGCUUAAACAGGAACCAUACUAUUUAGCAGUUUCAAAGUUAAAUUAUCGUCGUCAGUAAUGGUUCGCUACGAACGUGCAGGUGUUAUUACGUAACUAUAGAGAUUCUUUUGAUUUGAAGUUUUAUCGUAUCGAUAGGAACCGUCAGGUGUCUCGUGCGCGCGCUCGUAUGCCCCAGGAAGUCUAACACGAGAGUCUUCGAGGACCUCGCACGAAUAAAAUACAGAAGAGAAAAUAUUUCAACGGCGACGAUCGCGCGGCGAGGCAAUUUCGCGAGUUAGAGGCGCCAUUGAUCGUACCAAAUGAUAAAUUAACCGUACCAACCAAGUAAGUAAUUUAGAGAAAACUUUACGAACGAGAAAGAACGAACGUGAAGAUAGAGCAGACAUUUCGGGGAACUUUCUUCGAGUACAAGGGCAACGAGAGUUGGCCUUUUCUAGAGCAAUUCUAUUCAAUUUCUCGUUAGGCUGGCAGAGAAGAGCACAUUUCUUCUUGUUUUAUUUUACUCGAUUCAAGUUACCAUGCUGGCGUUCCUCUUUUCUGAACGACCUAGGAUUACGACCAUACGAAAGUUCAACCAAACUGUGGAGGAUCCAAUUGUUCUUUCUAUACCGAUAUUUUAGAAGAAACGCAGGUAUAAGGAUAAUAUAUUCCUAGCGCGUCACGCGUCUAACGUCGGUUUAGAUCGAACGCCGUUGAUCAUUCAGGCCAUAAAACUUUUUCGUACAACAUACGACUCGCCUAAUUAUGGUACUUCGAUUUCAUUAACGAUGAUACGCUAUAGUUCUGUGUGUAUGUAUGUAUGAACGUCAUUUCUCAUGGCGCAUGAAUCAUGCGGCGAGGUACACGAGUCGUCACCUUGUCGACAUCGUCGAA